CCCAAGUGCUGGGAUUAAAGGCGUGUGCCACCACCGCCCGGCCAUAAAGGAUACUGUUAAAAGGCUUGCCGCCGUUGGGCACGGUUAGACAGGCGUAGAUAAGCCGCGGUGCCCCUCUCUGUGUGUCAGCUUCUCUCGUAGAUAAGAGAGCAACAUGGGGGCUUCACAUUCGGUGAUCACAGCGCUUCAAUUGCUCUUGCGACAGCAUGAAUUAGAAGUUUCUACAAAAACGUUGGAAGGGUUUGUGAAGGAGGUCGACCGCGUGGCACCCUGGUAUAUAUGUUCAGGGUCGUUGACUCUCGCUUCCUGGGACAAAUUGGAGGGUGAUCUGAUUAAAGAACAACAGAAUGGGAAAUUAAAGCCUGGAACUAGACCACUGUGGAAGCUAGUGAGAUCGUGCUUACAGGAUGAGAAAUGCUGCUCGACUGUUGCAGCUGGCCAGGGGGUGUUAGAGGAGUUACAAGACAGCAUGUCAGAAACAGAGCAGGGUAAAAGGUUGAGCGCUCACAAAGGAAAAAGAAAAGGCCUAUCUAAGAAAACAGGCCCUUCCAAAGAUGCCCAGUCUGCGGAAGUGAAAGAUAAGGGAAAGGACGCCCUGGGAGAGAGUCGUAAGGAGGGAGAAAAGGCUCCAGAAAGGAAACCCCUUUAUCUGGUGAAGGAACUGGAGGCCUUGGGGCUUGAUAGCUCUGAGUCAGAGGAACUAGACCCCUCUGAGGAGGAAGACUUAGAUGAAGAGGCAGCCCGCUAUGAGGAGGAAAGGUACCAUCCAGAUGAGCGGCCACCGCUGCAAAAUCGAAAGCAAAAGAAAACAGGAGAUAGGAACCGCACGAAGAAGUGCGGCUCAGACUCCUUCCUUUCAAAGGGAGACAAGAGAAAGUUAUCACAAGCCUUCCCGGUGUUCGAGGAUGUGGAGGGAGGUCACAUCUACGCACCGGUGGAGUAUACCCAUAUUAAGGAACUUGCUGAAUCAGUUAAUAGGUAUGGAGUUAAUGCUAAUUUUACAGUUAUGCAGCUUGAGAGACUUGCCACUAGGGCAAUGACUCCGAAUGAUUGGCAAAAUACAGUAAAAGCUGCUCUCCCUAAUAUGGGACACUACAUGGAAUGGAAAGCCUUAUGGCAUGAUGCUUCUCAAGCACAGGCAAGAGCCAACGCCAAUUCGGAAGGCAAUCAAAGACAGUGGACAUUUGAAUUAUUAACAGGGCAAGGACAGUUUGUUAAUAAUCAGACAGACUACGACUGGGGAGCAUACAGCCAGAUCUCUGCUGCCGCUAUUAAAGCAUGGAAAGCCCUCUCAAAGAAAGGUGAGGCCCAGGGACACCUAACGAAAAUAUUACAAGGCCCCCAAGAGCCAUUCUCAGACUUUGUGGCUAGGAUGACAGAAGCAGCAGGCAGGAUUUUUGGAGACCCGGAGCGAGUUAAACCACUGAUAGAACAACUGGUGUAUGAAAAUGCCUCACCAGAGUGCAAGGCAGUCAUUACCCCUAGAAGAAGCAAAGGGUUGACAGACUGGAUAAAGGUUUGCCGAGGAGUUGGAGGCCCGCUUACUAAUGCUGGCCUUGCAGCAGCUAUCUUACAAAGCCAAAACCGCCCAAGUCCUGGCGGCCGUAAAGUCUGCUAUAACUGUGGCAAACCCGGUCAUUUGAAACGAGAAUGUCGUGCUUCCACGCAAAAAAGAACUCCAGGGCUUUGUACCAAAUGCAGAAAAGGUUAUCAUUGGGCUAAUGAGUGUCGCUCAGUUAGAGAUAUUCAAGGAAAGCUUAUUCAACAUGAUUCCCCACCAGUGGGAAGAGAUGAAGGUAUUCCAAAAAACGGGUUUCCGGGCCCCAGAUCCCAGGGCCCCCAAAAAUAUGGGACACAAGUCGGCAACCGGAGGACACCUCUAGCAGCAGAGCUACAAGAGGCUCUGCAGGAUUGGACCUCCGUUCCACCUCCCAAUUCUUACUAAUGCCACAUGUGGGCGUGCAGCCUGUCCCGGUUGAUUUUAAAGGUCCCCUGCCUGAGGGAAGUGUCGGCCUUAUUCUAGGUCACUCCUCUCUUACCUUGAAGGGGCUUGUGGUUCAUCCUGAUGUGAUAGACCAAGACUAUACCGGGGAACUUCAAGUUCUCUGCUCUUGUCCACAAGGCAUAUUUUCUAUCUCUCCUGGGGAUAGGAUUGCUCAAUUGGUUGUCCUUCCAAGUUUUGCAUGAUUGCACUGGGGUGCCUAGAGGCGCCAAUGGGCUUGGUUCUUCAGGAACUGACUUCGCUCACUUGGUAGUUGACCUUAAAACUAGACCCACCUUGCAAUUAAUGAUAGAGGAGAAGACACAGGAGCUGAUAAAAGUAUUAUUUCCUCCAAUUGGUGGCCUAAGGCGUGGCCUGUUACACAAUCGUCCCAUUCCUUACAAGGGUUGGGAUAUGAAGCCAGCCCUGCAGUCAGUUCACACUCAUUGACUUGGCAGGCACCAGAAGGUCAAACAGGAAGCUUUAUACCUUAUGUGCUUCCUCUCCCUGUUAAUCUCUGGGGAAGAGACAUCUUACAAGACUUAGGAUUAACAUUAACUAGUGAGUACUCUCAACAAGCUAUUGAUAUUAUGAAAAGGAUGGGAUAUAAGGAAGGAAAAGGCCUUGGCAGAAAAGAACAAGGAAGAUUAAGCCCA